CUCAAUAGCUUCUGCAUCGGCGUGGGUUCAAGAGUGGGAGCCUGUGUGGGAGCUGCUGCUGCUGUCAGUCGCUGGCCUUCCAGCCCCUCGGUUCUUAGUGCUCUCGUGGGAAUCCCGCCAAGAUGUUCAAAAAAUUUGAUGAAAAGGAGAAUGUGUCCAACUGCAUCCAACUGAAAACAUCUGUUAUUAAAGGCCUUAAGAACCAGCUGAUAGACCAGUUUCCUGGGAUCGAACCAUGGCUAAACCAAAUUAUACCAAAGAAAUACCCUGUGAAGAUAGUACGUUGUCAUGAACAUAUAGAAAUCCUCACAGUAAAUGGAGAAUUGUUAUUCUUCAGGCAAAGGGAAGGACCAUUUUAUCCCACACUCCGAUUACUUCAUAAAUAUCCAUUCAUUCUACCACAUCAACAAGUUGAUAAAGGAGCCAUUAAAUUUGUACUUGGUGGAGCAAAUAUCAUGUGCCCUGGUCUGACGUCUCCAGGAGCUAAACUUUAUCCUGCUGCUGCUGAUACAAUUGUGGCAAUAAUGGCCGAAGGAAAGCAACGUGCCCUGGGUGUUGGAGUCAUGAAGAUGUCGGCAGAGAAUAUUGAGAAGGUCAACAAAGGAAUUGGCAUUGAGAAUAUCCACUAUUUAAAUGAUGGUCUCUGGCAUAUGAAGACGUAUAAGUGAAGCAGCAGGAAGAAUCCAUUCCCUGUCAGCUUGGCCUGUUUUUAAUUCUUCUGUUUAAAAUAUGUGGCUGAAUGUAAACUUUGUUUUGUGGUGAUGCUAAAUAAAUCAAGUGAAUGCUGGAAAAAAAUAGCUUCUGCAUCCACAAAUCUAUUCAAGGUAGCAAUGUUAACACUUUAAAGGACAAUGAAAAAUAUGGAUGACUGAAAAGUAAAUGAAUAAUUUCACCUAAUAUUCUUGCAGGGUGGAUCUUCCUCGCUGGAAGAGCUUUCAGUUUGAGUAAACACAUAGGGUUGAGUUCACGUUAUUGCUGGUUAACCUAAUGUUUUCUGCCUGUUACUAAUGAGUCUCCUUCCCCAGCCAAAACA